AUAUGAAACUAAACAUGAAGAAAAACAUUAUCAACACACGGCGCUCCUUCAUAAACAAGCCCAAUGUGGUCGCACCAGACAUCGACAAGGAUAUUCGAAGGAUGGAAAAUGGGGCCUGCAGUUCCUUUUCAGAUGAUGACGACAGUGCCUCUGUGUCUGAAGAGUCAGAGGAUGAAAACCCCCAUGUGAGGAAUAACUCACCCCAAAGGGGAGAACCUUCACAGAGGAAGCAGUACCUGCCCGGUGCCAUCGCGCUCUUCAAUGUUAACAACAGCAGCAAUAAGGACCAAGAACCAAAAGAAAAAAAGAAAAAGAAAAAAGAAAAGAAGAGCAAGUCAGAUGAAAAAAAAGAAAAUAAAAAGAACUCAGAGAAGAAAAAGAAGAAAGAAAAGGACAAAGAGGAGAAAAAGAAAGAGGAGAAAAGCAAAGAUAAGAAAGAAGAGGUGAAGAAAGAGGUGAUGGUGAUUGAUCCCGCGGGAAACAUGUAUUACAACUGGCUGUUUUGCAUCACCUUACCUGUCAUGUAUAACUGGACUAUGAUCAUUGCAAGAGCAUGCUUUGAUGAACUUCAGUCUGAUUACUUAGAAUACUGGCUCAUUUUGGAUUACUUAUCAGACUUAGUCUAUCUUGCCGAUAUGUUCGUACGAAUAAGGACAGGUUACCUAGAACAAGGACUCCUGGUUAGGGAAGAAACUAAACUCAUAAAGAAAUAUAAAGAUGACGUGCAGUUCAAACUGGAUGUCCUGUCGGUGAUACCAACGGAUUUGUUGUAUAUUCAGUUGGGGUGGAACUAUCCAGAAAUCAGACUAAACAGGCUGUUGAGGUUCUCUCGUAUGUUUGAGUUCUUCCAGAGAACAGAAACCAGGACAAAUUAUCCAAACAUUUUCAGGAUUUCUAACCUCGUGAUGUAUAUUGUCAUCAUCAUCCACUGGAACGCGUGUGUGUAUUACUCCAUCUCGAAAGCCAUUGGCUUUGGGAACGAUACUUGGGUCUACCCCGACGUGAAUGAUCCUGACUUUGGCCGUUUGGCUAGAAAAUAUGUGUACAGCCUUUACUGGUCCACACUGACUUUGACUACCAUUGGUGAAACACCGCCCCCUGUGAUCGACUCUGAGUAUGUCUUUGUGGUGGUCGACUUCCUGAUCGGAGUGUUGAUUUUUGCUACCAUCGUCGGUAACAUAGGUUCUAUGAUCUCCAACAUGAAUGCAGCCCGGGCAGAAUUUCAAGCAAGAAUUGAUGCUAUCAAGCAAUACAUGCAUUUUCGGAAUGUGAGCAAAGAUAUGGAAAAGAGGGUCAUUAAAUGGUUUGACUACCUGUGGACCAACAAAAAAACUGUCGAUGAGAGAGAGGUCUUGAAGUAUCUGCCCGAUAAACUAAGAGCAGAGAUCGCCAUCAGCGUUCACCUGGACACGUUAAAGAAGGUGCGUAUCUUUGCUGAUUGUGAAGCAGGUCUCCUGGUGGAGUUGGUCUUGAAACUGCAGCCUCAAGUCUACAGUCCUGGAGACUACAUUUGCAAGAAAGGGGACAUAGGACGGGAGAUGUACAUCAUCAAGGAAGGCAAACUGGCUGUGGUAGCCGACGACGGGGUCACUCAGUUUGUGGUGCUGAGUGACGGCAGCUACUUCGGUGAGAUCAGCAUCCUGAACAUCAAAGGCAGCAAAGCCGGCAACCGAAGAACAGCCAAUAUUAAAAGUAUUGGCUACUCGGACCUGUUCUGCCUCUCGAAAGACGACCUCAUGGAGGCGCUCACCGAGUACCCGGACGCCAAGACCAUGCUGGAAGAGAAAGGGAGGCAGAUCUUGAUGAAAGACGGCCUGCUAGACCUGAACAUCGCAAGCGCCGCGAGUGACCCCAAGGACCUGGAAGAGAAGGUCACACGGAUGGAGGGCUCGGUGGACCUGCUGCAGACGAGGUUUGCCCGAAUCCUGGCCGAGUACGAGUCCAUGCAGCAGAAGCUGAAAAAAAGGUUAACCAAGGUGGAGAGGUUUCUGAAGCCCCUUAUUGAAACGGAAUUUUCGGCUCUUGAAGGACUUGAAGCAGAAAGUGAGGCCAUGGACUCCACACAGGGCUGA